CAGCGGCGGAGUACAUGUAAAGGCAGCAAAAAUACAACCAUGAGGCUCACGGCAGACCUCAUCCACCAAUCCCUCUCCUACCUCAACCCGCUAAAGGAGCGGGAGAUUGAUCUUCGAGGUCACCGAAUACCUGCCAUUGAGAAUCUGGGUGUUGCCGGCCCUCAUGAUGCCAUCGACCUGACCGACAACGACAUCCAGCUGCUGGGCAACUUCCCGCUGUCCCCGCGCGUGCGCACCCUCUUGCUCGCGCGCAACCGUGUUGCGGCCAUCCAGCCUACCCUGCCCAACGCCGUGCCGAACUUGCGAAACUUGGUCCUGACGGGCAACCAGCUUGCUGAGCUGGCGGAUUUGGAUGUGCUCGGCAAGUUCCCGAGGCUGACGCACCUUGUGUUGAUGGACAAUCCGGUUACGAAGAAGGAGAAUUAUAGGUACUGGGUCCUCUGGCGGUGUCCCACCGUGCGGUUUCUGGACUAUCAGAAGGUCAAGGAUGCCGAGCGCCAAAAGGCGAGGGAGCUGUUUGGCUCGGCGGACGCUCCGACUGAGCUCGCGUCUCGGAUUAUGGGCAUCAAGAGCAAGACAUUCGACGCCGGCGCGGGGACCAACGGCCCUGCUGGAGGGCAGAACUCGAAAUUGUCACGGCUUAAGCUUACCGACAAGGAGCGCAAGAAGCUGCAGGAUAUGAUCAAGAAGGCGGACAGUCUGGAGGAGAUCAUCAGGCUGGAGAAGGCGCUGAACGAGGGACGGCUGCCGCCGGGGGUUUUGGUUGAGGAUACGAUGGAGGAGUAGGAAGGUAUAUUGGUGCGACAUUGGGUUGGUACGUGACGGGGAAGAUUACUUGGGUCUUCAGCGGCAGAAGCUGUACUGUACCUGUACACGGUUCUGCGACACCGUCGAGACUGUGUCCUUCCAGCUGUUGAUAUCUGGGAAUACAGGGGAAAACAAAAGUGUGUUUUUUGACGGCACUAUCGACGGAUGAUGCAAUUAUCCCGCAUCUAACCGGUCAUGUCUACAUCACCGUCCUGCGAUUGAUGUGCCUGUAUCAUUUCAGCCUGCAGCUGGGCGUUGGGAUCCGCGGAAUCCGCAGACAGCACGCGGCUCCGCGCGAAGCCGUUGGUUGACGAGGAGUCGCCGCCGU